AAAUACGACUGAGUCUUCUUCUUCAUGGCAUUCGCAAGAGCUAUUUGCACAAUCGUUAGAACCCGUAGAAGAAAUGCAAGACGGGUGGCCUGUCGUGAUUUUAUUAUUCUUUCGCUUAUUGUUAUUGUGGUUCGUUAUCACAUUUGUUCUAAGAAGAAUGAAAAAAAAGCAGACUGGGGACGCCUUAGUAAAUUUGAAAAGUUCGGAAGACUUGGAGAUGAUGAGUUCCUUUGUGUACCGAUUGAUUUUGACUAUGACUUAAUUGAAUCACAAGAUAAUCAGUAUAAAGAGCACACACAUGCGGCACAUGGAAUGUUGUUUGCAAGAAACGAGAUGAGCUGGAAAUUUAGGGGUGCUGUUUUGAUGCAAAUCCGUUGUGAUGGUGUUUAUGGAUUCCCUGGCGGCUUGGCUGAAAAGGAAGAGAACCCCGUUGAUGCUCUGAAUCGAAAAAUUGUCGAGGAAACAGGUCUUAAUCAUAGCCGGCAUAUAUUUUCUUGGGAUCAUCACAUUCAAUCUUAUCUACAUGCCAAGAAACAACUUGUGCUGCACUUCUUUGUGAUGGAAAUCACCAUGGAUGACUUAAUGGAAGUAGCGAUGAAGAGCUUAGGUGCCAAGGAAUUUGGUACAGAGGUGUUUGGCAUUGUACAAGUGCCUUUGUUCACCAUGGGAGAUGGAUUUCCAGGAUUGUCAACCUUUCUUUCUAGUCAGUUUUCAGGCAAUGCUGCUCAAGAGCUUAUUCGGGGGAUCAGGCAUUCUACACUCCUCUCAGAAGAUGAAAUGAAAAUUGUAAUAAACAACUCUAAUUAAUUCCUGGCUCAAUUAGUAUUAUGCAGUUGGUAGGUUGUAAAUUCCCACUAAUGUGCCUUUAGUGUAAAAUUAAUUUAUUAUACUUCCAAAUGUUUAUUAAGAGGGAAGAGCCUUUAGCAGACUACACUGUUACUGAGAGAACUAAAGAAAAAAAAUUUUUUUUAGUUUUUUUUCACUUAAGCUGUAUCAGUUUUUGUUCUCAUUCUCUCCAAGAAUAUCUGUGCUAUUCUCCUUUCCACUCAUUCUAAUUGCUUUUUAUGUUAGCACAAGUUUUGGCAAUCAUUUGGUGCUGCAUUCAAUGCCUUCUCAGGAUGUGUGAAUGUGAGACACAGGCUUUCGAGUCCAUGACAAAUAAGCAUAGGCAGCAUGCUUAUUACCAUUGAGGUAUAUUUAGACUCCACUUCAUGACGUGGUAGUGCAUGUGAGAUGGGGGAGAGGCUUAUUAGCUUAUUCAGAAUCUCACGAUUGUUUAUUUCCAUUGCAUGUUUCAUUGUGGUAAGUAGACAAUUUGUCAACAUCAGUCAACAGGACCUUCAUUAAGAACAUGCUUGGUUAUAAGACUGUACAAAAUAGAAUAAGUCUACUCAAAUCCAUUUAACGAUAUUCAUUUCCAUAUGUUUGUUUAUUUAUGUGUGCAAAAGCUCUGUAUGCUCUUCAUAUAAAAGAACGUACCUUCCCAAUGGUUAAAGAGUAUGUUAGCACAUUUCCAUCACUUAAAUAAAUUAAGUCCCUUGAAAAAAAAAUUCUGCCAAUAGUGCUCUUAAGAAAUUUUGUUUUAUUUUCCUAAAACCCAUAAGCUGCAUUUAACUUCUGGAAGUGUCUUCAUUACUUGGCUGUUUGUGAAAAAAAUAUUUUGUUUUAACAUCCACAUAGAACUAAAAUAUUUUAUUUUCACCCGCUGAAAGUAUUUUUAGUAUGCCAUUUAAGAAAUAAGUCCUGGUUGUAAAAGAUUCCUAUAUGUGAAUGAUGACGAUGGAUCCCUUAAAUGUCAAUAAUUUAUGGUUAUAAAAAUAGGAUAUAUGUUAACAGUUCUGAAAUUUUAUUAAACUUGUGUUGAAGUGUUUAAGUUACAAAUUUGUUAAUACCAUAGCGACAAAUAAAUAUUUUGGAUAUAUAAUAUGCCACAGUAAUCUGUUUGAAUUUAAUGAGAUGAAUGAUAUUGGUACAAGUGAGACAUUCAUGAACAAAAGAAAUUUUUUUUUCUGAUGCCCUUUCACUGUCUUAACAAACAAUCUCUAAAAUUAUUUAUUGGUUUUAGUCACACUAAGUCUCAACUCAUACAACAAAUUAGUAGUGUUAGUAAAUACAGCUCCUCCUUAUGCUGGACACUUUCAACAUUAAGCAUCAAAUACCAAAGAUUCCAGCAUUCAUUCCUUGAUUUCAAUUACUGAUCCACUAACCGGCAAGUUAUAAUGCCAUCACCAACUUACAGUAACACACGGGAAGCACACUAUUUUAGUGUUAAUUUCACCUGUUUUAUUAAUUUUUCUACAGUUUGAUACUAAAUAUUGUACGCUUUCCUAAACUAGAACAUGUCUUGACAAGAGGGAGGGAUGGUGUACCCAAGCGGCUGUGGAUGGGGCCUGGCCUUGGAAAGUAAAUUUUUUUUGCGAAAAGAAAAAAGUAUCAAACAAGGGGAAAAAAAUUCUAAAGCUUGACUUCAAAGAACACUAUGAAGUUUACGCUUCACCACUACUAGAGUUAUUGCCACCUCCAAUAAUUAUACCAAAAACUGACAUGCAUUAGGUGGACAUGCAGUUUGCCAACCUCAAAAUUCUAAGCUAUGCGGUGGGCCGGUAAAAUAUCCCAAACGCGCCAGGUGACUACACAACAAGCCUAGUGAUAAUGUAAGGGCCAACUGAAUACAUAUAAAGGCGUUGAUCGCUUUCCGAAUCACUGUGUGCAGUACAGCUGUUUAAUUUGCUCACAAUAAAACCAGCCUUUCUUUUGAAGGCAGCCGCCCCCCAUGUUCUCCAACGACUAUAUCACCCGUGUUAUUUAUCUUUGUACUUUCCUUGUUAGACUGUUACGGACUGCCGAUUUCUAACGUUGUAGUACUUGAUAUAUUUAAUCUCAAUCC